AUGGAUGAGUCGGACCAAGAACAAGAUGCAAAAUCAUCCAUGACGAAAAUGUGUUGUAUAUUUAAGUCGGAAUAUUCAAUUGAUGCACUGAUGGCAAGUACAAAGGCUGCUAUUCUAGAGUAUGGAGUUCUUCCAAAUGUUAAGAUUUCGCAGGACGAUUCGAUUUUGAACAUUGACGGAACAGUGAAGGCAAGCAUUAGCAAGAAACCCAAAAAUGAAGUGAUAAUUGAAUUUGAAUAUCCCGUCGCGGACUAUAAGAAAUAUGUUGAUGCUUUUUCGCGUGUUGGUAUUGAAAUGUAUGUCUGUGAAAUUGCUAAUCAAGAACUCUGUUUCAAUUGUCAACUUGGUUAA